UUUAAUCCUUUGUAGCAUAGAUUCAACAAGGUACUGGAAAUAUUCCUCAGAGAUUUUGGUCUAUAUUGACAUGAUAACAUCACGCACUUGCUGCAGAUUUGUCUGCUGCACAUCCAUGAUGCGACUUUCCCGUUCCACCACAUCACAAAUGUGCUCUGUUGGAUUGAGAUCUGAUGACUGUGGAGGCCAUUUGAGUAACUCAUUGUCAUGUUCAAGAAACCACUCUGAGAUUAUUCGCGCUUAAAGACAUGGCGAGUUGUCCUGCUAUGAGUAGCCAUCAGAAGAUGGGUACACUGUGGCCAUAAAGGGAUGGACAUUGUCAGCAACAAUACUCAGCAACUCUGCCAUGGAGUCGCUAUCACCGAUACUGGAGGAGAACUUGGAGAAGAUUUUGAGGGGUGAGGGUCUCGAGAUUGAUUCUGUCCCUGACCAAGUGGACCCUGUCACACUGAGGAAGAAUGUGUGUUAUAUUGUCGGCGCAGUAAUUUUCAAUUCAAAGGAGGAAGUGUUGAUGGUACAGGAGGCAAAGAGAGAGUGUUACGGCAGAUGGUACCUCCCUGCGGGUCGCAUGGAAGAGUGUGAAAGCAUUCUAGAGGCACUGCAGAGGGAGGUCAGAGAGGAGGCGGGAAUCAAAUGUCAGCCAAUCACACUGCUGCUGGUGCAGGAGCAAGGGCCUAGAUGGGUUCGCUUCAUCUUCCUUGCUGAGGAAACAGGGGGCUCUCUGAAGACAACUGCAGAAGCGGACGAUGAAUCUCUGCAAGCUCAUUGGUGGGAUCGCAAGUCUCCACUUCCUCUUCGUGGACAUGACAUACUGUCCCUCAUCGACGCUGGACUCAAAUAUCGCCGAAAUCCCUGGUUCCCAGUCACACAACCUGUUGACUUCCCCUGCCAUGUUGUCUGCCAAAGACUUUUCCUCACAUUCAUCUCCAGCAGAGCUGACGCUGAUGACCACCUGUGGCUGCUUAUGAGCAAUAAUAACACCAGUCCUCAUCCUCGUCUUCCUAUAGUUGUAUCUUUCAGAACAUACCUCUCAAAGGCUGUAAGCAAACUGAUUAAGGAGUGCAUGUCUUCAUCGUUCAUAAGCGUUCAUAUGCGUGGCAUUCUGGGAGUGCAGCACAAUGGGAGAAUUCCAGGCAAAACUGAUGGGAUCUGCUUCAACACGCUUGUGUUAUUGGAAAACACAGAGGAAGGCGCUGAAGUUGGCAGCCCGCCAUCAUUAGAAAGUGACUGUUACAGAUGGCAAGAGGUGACCAAUCAGAGUCUUAAAGGAAAGAUAAUAGAGAGGAUUAAAGAUGGGUCUGUUCUGCCUUUUCAAAGUCUAUAGUUUAACGCUUCCAGUAUCCAUAGUUUCAGGUGAUCUUAUACAAGAUACAUCUUGUAUCUUCACACCAUAGACAAUUGCCCUCAGAUGACCCUAAAGAUAAAAGUCUAAGGGGGUAAGAUCGGGCGACCUUGGGGGCUAUUCAACUGGCCCACGAUGACCAAUCCACUUUUCAGGAAACUGUUCAUCUAGGAAUGCUCAGACCUGACACCGAUAAUGUGGUGGUGCACCAUCUUGCUGGAAAAACUCUUGCCUGGAAUGUGCCAGGUUCAGUGCAUAAAGAGGGAAACACAUCAUCAUUUAGCAAUAUCAAAUAUCCAGUGGCCUUGAGGUUUCCAUUGAUGAAGAAUAGCCACACUAGCUUUGUUGUCGAGGUGUGAAAAGACAAGAUGUGUAGCACCACCUGAAACUACGGAUACUGGAAGCCUGUGCUGGCAUUUCUCCUGCGGUGUUGCUAUCAGUGUGUGAAGAGUGGGAGAAGAGGGUUGCAUUGACAAUCCAACACAAUGGGCAGCACAUUGAACACAUUUUAUAAGUGGUCAGAAACUAGUAAAUAACUCAUGAAAGAAUAAAGUUAAAACCAAGCA